GAAUGACAGGUAAGAAGAAGAAUGGAGGGGUUGUGUCGACCGAGCAAUCUCUGGGUUAGAUUACCGCGCCCAAAGACCAGCCACACAGAUAAGCCCGACCGCCAGGAAGAGUACAUUGGUGGAGCAUGCUGAGAAUGGCUGCGUGGAGGAGAGUCUUUGUCUAUGGCACACUUAAAAAAGGCGAACCCAACCACCACUGGUUGACGAGCGUGGAGAAUGGCCAGGCCAGGUUUCUCGGAAAGGGUACGACGGCGGUAAAGUUUCCCCUUGUCGUGGGCACUCGCUACAACAUUCCAUUUUUGCUGGCCCGCCCGGGUAAGGGCACUCACAUAGAGGGGGAGAUCUACGAGGUGGACGAGGCCAUGUUCGGGAAACUCGACCAGCUGGAAGACUACCCAGACUACUAUGAUCGCGAGGAACAGCAGAUCCAUACAGAGCAGAAUGAGAGCAUCCAGUGCUGGUUGUACUUAAUCCGGAAUUUUCCGGAUAGGCUCCUGUCCAAAAAGAUGCUCAGCUCGUACCACAACACAGCGGAGCAGCCCUACAAUGAGAACUAUCUGGAGAGCACGCCGGACGACAUCUGGUCGGAUGAGUGAGAGGAUAACAUAGCCUCGUUUUAAAAAAAGUGCUCUUUAUAAACGGAGUUCAACGCAUGGCUAUUAUUCGUAUUCUAUUACAUUGAUUCCAUACUUUAAAAAAUGCAAAACGAAAUGAA